GUCCGCCAUCUGAUCGGGUUAAUCCCAUCAUUGGUGCUUUCAUUGAGAGAUAUAUAACUGUGAGAUAAAACUGUGAGGUUAUGGUCGGACGAAGGACGAGACGUAACACUGCUGCUUCUGCCCAAUCGACGGUGAGGAGUGACAACCCUGAACAGGGAAUGAUCGUUCCUGUCAAUGGGUUGGAGACGGCGUUGAAUAAUGUGGCUAACAUGAUGGCCAACAUUAUGGAACGGUUGGAUAAGGCUCUCCCUGGUCCAUCCGGUACCCGGGACGUCCCUACCGGGCAACCCCGCCAGGUCCUGCGUACUGCGAGUUCUCCCAUCCUCCAGGAGCUUCAUGAUCUGGAGGAGGUCGAGAGGGAGAGACAGGCCGUCGCUAGACGUCGGGCGGAGGAGUUGGCCCAGAAUACUCACGUUAGUGAGAGGCUGGGGAAGAAUCCGGACAAGGCAUCCCAGAGUUGGGUACGACCCCAGGCCAGCCAGGUGGCAUCUUUUAACCGCGAACCCCGGCAGCGAAUCGGCCGCGGUGGGAGCCAAGCUCCGGUCCGGUCAUUGGUGGUUCUGGAUGAGGACGAAGUUCAAAGCCAAGUCAGGGUCCCAGCACCACAGCGCCUGGGGCCGCCGGUACCGGAAGCGGGUGAAUUCCAGGAUCUGAGGCAGCAGAUCCAGGAGAUGCAGAGGAAGAUAAACAAGGGACAAGUGAUGAUUGUCGUUGACGCCAACGAUGCACUAAUGUGUCGGUGCUUCCUGCAGACAGUUGAUAGCAAGGUUGCAGAUUGGGUCAACCACAUUCCUGCUGGAUCGAUCCGGACAUGGGAUGAACUGGGAUUGCGGUUCUUAGAGCAUUUUGGCGGGCACUGCCGUCCCAAGAAGCAUUUCACUCAUCUGGCUUCAAAUUUCCUUGAAGGAACCGACGACAAAUCCAGGUUGGCCAUGUUCACGGCGGCAUUACAGGACGGACUCCUUCACACCGAUCUUACAACUCAUCCCCCGGAUACCUUCAAAGAAGCAUUGGUCCGGGCCGGGAGGUAUGUGACCCUGGAGGAGAGAAAGGAGGAGAAGAAAGAGAAGACUCCUAACGAAGAAGAGAAGGCGGGAAAUAAGAAGCCGAGUUUCCCGGAUGGCCCAAAGGGAACAAGCCCUAGGACCUCAGAGAAGCACAAAUCCGCCAAUCCAGUCUUCACGUUGCUGGUGGCUGAGGCUGAGACCCGGGAAAAACGCCACAUCAGGCUCGAAGAUAAAGAGGAGGAUUCGGAACCCGCCCCGUACCGACAGAAGAGACACCACAGGUGUAACUUCAUUAUUGGAGGGAAUACUGGCGGAGAUUCAGCCACGAGCCGGAAAAAGUGGGCCAACGCGGAGAUGCUCAACAAGGUGCUGGUCCCAGAAGGCAGACCCGGACUGGAAGAUUUAGAGUGUGUCAUCUCACCUCAUCAUCUAUGCAUAAAAUUCCCAACUCCCAGUGGAGUUGGAAUUGCCAGGGGAUCCCAGAGAGUGUCCCGUGCGUGGUAUUUGAAGGCAACCAAACAGCCUAUCAAGUACAACACCCAAGUGGGAGAGGUGACUGCACAGCUCUUGAGGGCAGAGGAGAGACGUCCUAGAGUAGAAAUUGUCGGCGACAUUGAGGAAGUUGAACUGGAGCCAGGCACACCGGGGAGGUUAGUAAGAAUUGGCAGGGGCCUAGGGGCUGAACUCAGAUCACGAGUGAUCUCAGUCCUUAAAAGGUUCAGGAAGGUCUUUGCAUGGAGUCCAGUUGAUAUGCCAGGACUGGAUCACAAGAUUGUAGUUCAUCGCCUUAAUGUCCUGCGAGAUGCUAAACCGGUGAAGCAGAAGCGAAGGCAUUUGUCGCAGGAAAGGAGGGAUUUCGUAAAGAAGGAGGUAGCAACUUUGCAGAACAUUGGUCACAUCCGGGAGGUUUUGAUAAUGCCAAACCGCCGUGAUCAAGAUAAGACAUUGAAUAUACAAGACUUUGCCAUUAGUACUGUGAUUGUGAGGGAAGAGAAUGGGGCCCAACAUCCGGUUUACUACGUCAGUAAGACUUUGAGAGAUGCGGAGUUAAGGCCGCGCCCAUCGAUCAAAGGGCAAGCACUCGCUGACUUCCAAGUCGAGUGUACUGCCAGGGAGAUGACAAGAGCACAGGUUGAUACCCGGGUAGAGGAUGACUGGUGGGUAAUGAGCAUCGAUGGAUCUUCUGGAUCUCGAUCUUGUGGAGAAGGUAUUGUUCUGAUUACUCCGGAAAAUUUCCGGAUAUAUUACGCUGUCAGAUUUCAGUUCCGCGAAUCCAACAAUGAAACUGAAUACGAAGCCCUGAUCAACGGACUGAAGAUUCUUGGCAAGCUGGGAGUGUCCAGGGUUCAAGUAUACAGCGGCUCCCGACUGGUGGUGGGACAAAUCACUGGGGAGUUUGAAGCAAAGGAAGAGAGGAUGAAAAGGUACCGAGACUUGUCCUUGGAGAUGUUGGGAAAGUUUGAGUUUAAGCUUGAACAUAUACCCCGGGCCCAAAACGCGGAAGAUGAUGUUCUAUCCAAGCUCAGCGCAGAAUCACCAGAAUACAUAAGCCGAUUGGCAACUAUCGAGGAGCUGGCAGCUCCGAGUCUCAACAGAGAUGAAGCGUUUUGGGUAUCAACUGAUCCCCCGGAAUGGUUGGACAGGUUGGCAAGAUACAUUGAGGACGAUGUAGCCCCGGAAGAUCCCCAAGAAGCCCGUUUGCUGCGGAUGAGGGCACUCACCUACAAGGUGCAGGAUGGAGUCCUUUAUAAACGGUCUUACAACGGCGUUCUGCUCCGCUGUCUUAGGGCAGCAGAGGCAAAGGCACUGAUGAAGGAAAUACACGAGGGAAGUAUAACCGGGAGGCCAGCCACGAACUACACGCCCAUCAGCUCCGUGAUUCCCUUCUCAAGAUGGGGGAUUGAUAUUGUUGGAGCCCUGCCAAAAGGAGUUGGACAGGCAAGGUGGAUAGUGGCGGCCAUUGACUACUUUACCAAGUGGGUGGAAGCCGAACCAUUUGCUGGGAUAACUGGAAGGCAAAUGAUCGAUUUCGUGGGAACCAACAUACUUUGUAGAUUUGGAGUCCCGAAGCAAAUCAUAUCUGACAAUGGAACACAGUUUGAGGAAGCAGAGUUCCAAGACUUCCUCAAAACUUGGGGAAUUCAGCAUACGAAAGUGUCUGUAGCCUACCCUCAGGCUAAUGGACAGGUGGAGAAUGUCAAAAGGACAAUCAUGAGUGGAAUAAAGAAGAAGCUACUUUCGGAAGGAAGCAAAUGGGUGGAGGAAUUGCCCAGAAUCCUGUGGACGUACAGAACAACUCCGAGGAGGGCUACGGGUGACACUCCCUUCGGUUUAGCUUAUGGUUUUGAAGCCCGGGCUCCAGCUGAGACAGUGAUCCCUACCAGGAGAGAAAUGGGAUAUGACCCGGAAGUGAACGAACAAAAUCAGGCCAUAGAGUUGAAUUUCAUAGAAGAAAGAAGGGAUGAGGCACGGAUCCGGGUAGAGAAUCAUCGACGCCAGGUGAAAUCUUACUUUGACAGUAAGGUGAAACCGAGGGCGUUCCAGGUGGGAGAUUACGUUCUGAGGAAGCGAGAGAAGAGUUAACCAACUAAAAGUGGGAAGCUAGCUAAGAAAUAUGAAGGACCUUAUAUCAUCAAGGCCGUUAUUCACCCAGGUACCUACAAGUUGGUGACUCCAAAGGGAAAAGAAAUUGACAGGACAUGG